AGCCAUCGGCUCGAGCAGCCAAGUGCGCCGGGCCCAGCGCGAUGCCCCAUCCGCCCAAGGCGAUGGGAUCGCGGGGUGUGAGCCCUGGCAGAAAGGAGGAGGAGAGUCCGGCGAAGAAGUCCGUGCGGAUUGCGCUCAACAGCGAAAGCUCGGUACUGGGCCGACGCAGCGAAGAUGAGCCAAUUGGAAUGUUGGCGUCGCGUACCACCUCAGGUGGGAUGGAGAUGGAGCACAUCGUCCCAAUGGUGGACGCCCUGAAGACGACGCCUCGCCCGGAGCUACGUCGGGGUGCCGAAGCCUCACAGCUGCUGCAGUGCUUUGGCCGGGCGCUCUGGAGUCGCCCUCAUUUCGAGUAUAGCUUCCAGGUGACCGAGAUCGACGACUAUUGGUCCCACAGCUGGGGAGAGCGAGCUUGGAAGAAGGUCCUGGUGCUCCUGUGGCUCCACAACGGCACCAGCGCCAUGAUCUGCGGCACCUUGACGGCCGUGGCCGUGGCGCCGUUCAGCGCACUGAGUCUGCUGGGAGCCUUCGAGGCGCCCUGCGUCAGUGCGGGGCUCCUGGCCUUUUGGCUGGUGCUACUGCUGAAGCGGCCGCGGCGGACGGUGUUUCUGGACCAGGUGUGUAUCAACAAGGAGGAUGAGGAGAUGAAACAUGAAGGUCUCCUGAACCUGCAGUACUGCCUUCGGAGUUGCAAGUCGAUGCUGUUGCUCUGGGAUCUUAGUUAUGCUGAAAGCCUUUUGCCGAUCUUCGAAGUGGCUGGCUUCCUGAGGCUCCACGAGGGGGAAAAGAUCCAUUUGGACAUCCGUCCGACCAUGUUGGCGCCUUUUUUUCUGGUGAACAUCCUGGGAAACACCGCCAUUGCUUUUGUCACACUCUAUGUGACCUUCGACCACGACUGGAAGCUGUUUGUGGUGAUCGCGUGCUUCAUUCCCUACUUCAUUGCCUGUGGCCUACUCCUCCUGUUUUACUUUGCCUCGGUGCAGAGCCUCAAAGAGCAGUUGAAUCUCUUCAGCGUAGACUCGGUGCACUGCCAAUGUUGUGGUCAUGGCCAUCGAAGUCGAAGUGGACAGGCGAUCGAAUGCGAGCGGAAGAUGAUUUUUCAAAGCAUCAGCAUGUGUUUCGGCUCUCUGGAAGACUUCGAGCGUUACGUGAGCAACAAGGUCUCGCGUGCCUUUGCGCAGCGGUUAGGGAAUUUCCUUUGUCAGUAUUGGAUGGUGGUGGUCCUGGGCGCCCCGGUCUUUUGGGGUGACUUGGAUUUGCUGAGCAAUGCCUGGCGACAAGACGACCAGCUCAAGGCAGGGCUCUUGUUGGCCAUUGGCCUCAGCUGGUGGUUGGCCAUCAUCCCUGCUGCUUACGUCUUGUUCAUUGCGCUGAUUGCCAAAAGCCAGCGGAGGCAAAAGAGGAGGAUUGGCCUUGUCCCGAAACUUUGCUGGCGACUCCUACCACCCUGUGCGUUGAUUGCGCUUCUGUCAACGGCAGGGCUCUACCAGAAGUUUUGUCUCAAGUGCAUCACCAACCAAGUGCUGGGCAUCGGCAUCUUCGUGGGAACGCUGAUCUUGCCCUGUUAUUUGAUUUGGCGCGCCUCCACCAAGAACACUAGCAUGUUUGGCCCCCGCUGCGACACUGGACGCCAUGGCCUGCAUCCUGGAUGAUGCUGAGGCAGAUGACAUGGAGGAAAUACACGCAUGUAGUAGGGCAUGUUGAAUGCGCGAAGAAAACUCUAUGAAACAACCUUAUUGUAGACUGGAACCUGAUUGAAUUAAGGUUUUUCUGGAGAGCACGUUUUGUUUUGGUGGAAAGCACGCAUUUUGUAAUGGUUCGAGCAUUUUGGAGGCGUGUUCAGGUGAGCAAACGAGAGCAAACGAGAGUUCGUUGAGUAGUAUUCGAUGGCCUGUUGCACCUUGGCUGCCAGGGUUCUAAGGGUCCAAGAGCGACCCUUCAAACAGGGACCCCAGCCACGGACGGCAGACGAGCAGACUGAUCUGGAUCGGUCCUCGAUCAGUCAGAUGUAAUACAUCAGAUUACAUGGUCAAUGAAUGAUACCUGAAGAUGAUUGAUCAUGAAGAUGACACAUGAUGG